GAUCUGAUUAGUGAAACUGCAAGAAAUAUCCUCAAAUUAGAUGCACAGUUAAAGAUAAGAAUGAGUAAAAAGACAAAAUUACCUGAUUCAUACAUGAAAGCGGCAUCAUUUCUGAUAAAUUCAACAAAAACAAUUCCUCCAACACCUUCACCUACACCCUAA